CUUAGAAAUAGCCAUAAAACUCUUCUUCCCAUUGUCCCCAUUGACCGCAGACUUCAUCUGCUCUUCAUAGUAUUUUGAGCUUCAAAAGCAAUCUUCACAUACAGAUACAGUACCAAACAAACACCUUUCAGACCCAAGUAUCUCUUUCUCUUUUGAUCAUUUCUAAUUUAGGCUUUUCAAAUUAGGAUUUACUUGGGAUUUGGGCAGCCAUGGAUUCUUUGAAAAAAAUACCUCCAGUUUGUGCUUCCAAUGUGGUUGUUUACUUGAUGCUUGUUUGGUCCAAGGCCAUGGACUGCUACUUACUGCCCAUGUUGAGAUUUCCUCUGUUGAUCCUCCAUGGCUUCUUCAAACGUUGGCUGAUUAAGCCCAUGACCCUGCAAAUUGAAGAGUACCAUGGUACAAGUACUAGAAAUAAAGUUUAUGAUGCUUCUGCUCUUUACUUGCAGAGCAAGAUCAGCCCUUCAACUCAGAUUCUGAAGAUUUCACAAACUUGGAGAGAGACUAGUUUAACUGUCAACUUUGCAAACAACCAAGAGUUUGAUGACAUGUAUGAAGGGGUUCCGCUGAAAUGGAAAUUCAAUUCCAUGUCAAAGAGAUCCAGUAGUUCUAGCACUUCCUCAGCUUUCAAGCUAGAGCAAAAGCAAUACUUUGAGCUUGUAUUUGAUUUGCAGCACAAGGAAAAGGUAAUGAAUUUGUACUUGCCUUAUGUUUUAGAGACAUUUGAGGCUAUGAAAAACGAAAGGAAGAUUGUCAAGCUGCAUACACUUGUGAGAAUAGAUACUUUUAAAAUAAGAUGGGAGGCAAUCAAUCUCGAACACCCCGCAACAUUCCAGACCGUAGCCAUGGAACCAGAGCUGAAGAAAACGGUUUUGGAGGACUUGGACAGGUUUGUUAAGAGGAAAGAGUUCUAUCAAAGUGUGGGAAGAGCUUGGAAGCGAGGGUACCUUCUACAUGGUCCUCCAGGCACAGGGAAAUCAUCCCUAAUAGCUGCCAUGGCUAAUUACCUCAAGUUUGAUGUUUAUGAUUUGCAACUCACACAUUUGAAAACAGAUAUGGAACUGAGAAAAGUAUUGCUGUCAACAUCAAACAAGUCGAUCCUUGUUAUUGAGGAUAUAGAUUGUAGCCAGCCGGGGGUGCAAGAUCGAAAAAAUGCUAAUGGCAGCAGAAAGCCUGAGUUAGAAGGCAAUCAACUUACACUAUCUGGACUGCUAAACUUCAUAGAUGGGCUUUGGUCAAGUUGUGGAGAGGAGAGAAUCGUUGUGUUCACUACCAAUCACAAGAGCAAGCUUGACCCUGCAUUGCUGCGUUCGGGACGAAUGGACAUGCACAUCCACAUGUCGUAUUGCACCUACGAAGGCUUCAAAAUUUUGGCUUGUAAUUACCUCAGAACUUGUGAACAGAAGCACCCUUUGUUUGAGGAGAUUGAAAGCCUUCUGAAGAAAACAAAGGUCACUCCUGCACAAGUGGCAGAGCAGCUGAUGAAGAGUGAGGAGGCUGAAGUUGCUCUUCAAGGUUUGAUCACACUGUUAAAGCAAAAGAAAAACCAAGGGAAAGAUGAGUAUCAGGAGGAAGAUGAAUAUGAAGGUGAAAACAAACAAUUAACAUAUUUUAUUUAGUAAGAGAUAAACAAUUGGGCAUAUUGUUUUCGGAAAAACAUGUAAUUUAAACUCAGAUAGAAAGAAUCACAUUGAAUUUAGGAAAGCUUUAUGUUAUUUCAAUACAAUUGUCUUGUAUUUCAGUUACCAUAUCUGACUAAACAGUUAUUUGUAUUG